AUGAGCCCCAGGUACCUGUACAAACAGCUGCUGCUGGGGUGUAGCGUGAAGGAGCCGGCGGACCGGGAGAAAUGCAUCUUCCAGCCCUCGGCGCAGGGGGGGCUGCUGGCCCUCAAGCCGAAGGUCUUUGUGCACCUGUAUCUGAGCCGCACACCCAUAGGGGCCUCCGAAAACUUCCCCAUCCCGCUCCCUGAGAGGAAGCCCUCGGUCGGCCUCUACGUCCAUGCCAAGGGCGCGCUGAUGCCCGUCCCCAGCUGCCCCCCAAGCCUGCUGGCCGCCCGCAUCUGCUGCGCCUCCGGCAGCGACAAGCUGAGCCGCUGGAGCGCGCUGGGCCUGCAGGGGGCGCCCCUCAGCCACUUCCUGGAGCCGCCGAACCCCUCCAGCAUCGUCCGAGCGGACCCCGGCCCCACCCAGCCUGCCCUCAACUGGGUCAUCAAUGAGCAGCUGCCUGGCCCCGAGGCCGGCCUGCCAGCCCCCUACACCCAGCACCAGGUCUGCUUCUUCCUGGGGCCCCACUUCUGCCCCCUCAGCUCCAGCACCAAGUACUGCAGGCUUAGCCUCAACUGGAGCUGCAGGGAUGCAGCCCCAGAGCGGGUGGAUGGUGCCCCUGGGAUGGCCGUGCUGAAUAUGAGGCAGGAGCCCUUCCCUCUCGUGCACUCCUGCUCGUGCUUCCUCCCAACCCAGGCUGCGUCUUACCAGAGUGCCAAGGAACAACCCUUCACUCACCUGAUCUCCCAAGGUCUUGGCAAGUGGCCUCAGAAGCACCUAGUGGCCAACUUCACCGGAUCCCCCUUGGCUGUUCACCCUCUGAGCCCCGACAGCGCCCGAGUGCACCUGUGCAAUUGUCUGCCACCAGACGCAGCGAAAUCCGGUUGCUGCCUGUGGCACGCCAGGCUACAGCCGCACCCCAGGCUGGCUGCGUGCGUGCGGUUCUGGGCCCUCGCUGGCUGGCCGGCCCGUUUAGCUGCCAACACUGGUUGA